GAUUUUAUAUAUGUCAUAGAAGAUUAUAGAUAUAUAUAUAAAUAUAUACUUACAAUUUUCAUACUUCUAUUUAAUACUUCACUCACUCACGUGCACCCAUUCCCGGAACAAUGUUAAAAUCAACAUUCACACCCAUUUACUUGGUCCUAUCCCCCAAACCAAAAUCACCAAAACUAUCAUCUCACAUAAUCACCAACACAUUCUCAAACAGCACACAACCUGUUCGACAAAACUCCUCUCUCAAACACACCCCUUCUUCAGCUUAUGUUCACCUCCCUUUUUGUCGAAAACGUUGCCACUACUGUGACUUCCCUAUCGUCGCUCUCGGCUCCGCUUCAACCCAAACACAAAACGACCCACGUGUCUCAAACUACAUACAAUGGCUCUGCAGAGAAAUCAACGCAACCAAAAUCGACGAAGAAAAUACAAACACGCCCCUUCAAACUGUCUUCUUUGGAGGUGGGACACCCUCUCUCGUUCCUCCAACCAUGGUUUCCUCAGUUUUGGAGACUCUGAGGAACAAAUUUGGGUUGAGUCAAAGUGCUGAAAUUUCAAUGGAAAUGGACCCUGGCACGUUUGAUUAUAAGAAGAUGCAAGAGAUGAUGUUGUUGGGAGUGAACAGAGUUUCUUUGGGUGUUCAAGCGUUUCAAGAGAAGCUUUUGAGGAGUUGUGGGAGAGCACAUGGUUUGAAAGAGGUUCAUGAAGCUAUUGAUAUUGUUAAGUCAUGUGGGGUUGAGAAUUGGAGUAUAGAUCUUAUAGCUUCAUUGCCUCAUCAGACUAGUGACAUGUGGGAGGAAAGUUUAAGGCUUGCCAUUGAAGCACAACCAACUCAUGUUUCUGUUUAUGAUUUGCAAAUUGAACAAGGCACUAAAUUUGGAAGGAUGUAUGCACCGGGGGAAUUUCCACUGCCUUGUGAGACACAAUCAGCUGAAUUCUAUAAGAUGGCCUCAAGAAUGCUUGGUGAUGCAAAUUAUAACCAUUACGAAAUCAGCAGCUACUGUAAGAGUGGUUAUGAGUGCAGACACAACUAUACCUAUUGGAAGAACAAGCCUUUCUAUGCCUUUGGCCUUGGCUCUACUAGUUUUGUUGGUGGGUUGAGAUUUUCAAGACCAAAGAUGGUGAAUGAGUACAUGAAUUUCGUGCAAAAUCUCGAAAAUGGAUCAGUAAAUAGCUCAUCUGAUAACGACAUUCAUGGCAAGGACACAGCGAUGGAUGUUGUGAUGCUGUCCCUAAGAACAGCAAGAGGCCUAGACUUGAAACGUUUCGGGGAAUCAUUUGGCAGCUCUUUGGUUUUGUCUCUGCUUGAGGCUUAUAAACCUUAUGUUGAGAGUGAACACGUGGUUUUCUUGGACGAGCAAAGGAUAACCAUUGGAAUAGAUGAUGUAAAAAAUGCUCAUUUGGAUGAAACUAACUCAGAAAGGAGAGUUGCCUAUAUAAGGCUAAGUGACCCAAAUGGUUUCCUUUUAUCAAAUGAGUUAAUAGCUCUUGCUUUUGGGGUUAUUGACUCUUGAAAGGAUUACCCUUCUGCCCUCCAAGAAGCUACUUGAAAUCAUGAUCAUCUAUCUGUUAAUUUAAAUACACACAAGUUAGAGCUGAUGUUAUAUAGCAAUUAUUUUCUACCUAUUUUAGGGAGCACAUAUUUUAUUCCUUUGCUUUGUAGGAUGGCGAAGAUGGAUACUCAAACACUAAGAAUUCCCACAUCCAUAGAUUAUUUCAUUGACAAUGUUAUAAAAUUGGAGCAUACUAUCACUCUUUCAUGGUAGUUGAAUUAGUUAAA